GAUUGAGAGAGAGAGAGAGAGAGAGAGAGAGAGAGAGAGUGUGUGUGAAAGAGAGUGCGCGUGUGUAUAUGUCUGUAAUGCUUACGGCGCAGGCUCGGCUGCUUUGACAGCUCGCAAUGCAAGGUUGCUGUGGUUGAGCAAUGUAUCUUCUGCUUCGCUAUAUCCACUCUGCAUGCUCAAAUUGUGCAACCUAGACGAAGCGCCAGACACACGUACAGCACAACCCAGCACCCCGAGCAGUUUAGCAGUACAAUUAUUUACAGAGGAGUAGAAUAUAGGAAGUUAGGAUUUUAGGAAGUGGUAUAUGCAUAACUUAGCACAAAUACGUUGGUCGAUAAGGUAGUUUAUAAUCCAGCUCCAGUUCCCACACGCCAAUUCUAGACAUGAAUUCUGCAAGCGCGCCUUUCAAUUUCCUCACAUUUCAGAUGCCUAUCUGAUCUAUUUUUAUUUUGUUUUCUCAUUCUCAGAAGCUCAUAUGAUUACUCGCUUAUAGUCGUAUUUCGUAUUUGAAUUAGUUCCUAUAGCGACUUAUUCUUGUAUAUAUCUUAUCAAUAGUUCACGUGAUUUAUACAAGAUAUCAGGGCAAUUUGUAUGUAGGUCCCCGCUAUUACAACUUUCUCAUAUUAUCUUUAUAGAUUACACAUGAAUUGUUGUAAUAAUUUUGUAGUUGAGAGGCUAAGAUCGAAAUUGAUGAGAUUGUUAUGACGACUUCCACGAUGCAACCGUUAAUGAAACGAACUCCAUUCAUAUUCAGAAAUUUCAUUAAAACUGAAUAUAAUUACAGUACAAGUUCGUGCGGAGUAUAUGAUCUAGUUGUGGUCGGAGGUGGUAUAGUGGGAUGUGCUACUGCUCGAGAAAUAAAAACCAGACAUUCUCAGUUACGGGUAGCUCUUGUGGAAAAAGAAAGUAUUUUGGCAAAACAUCAAACUGGUCAUAAUAGUGGAGUAAUUCAUGCUGGAAUCUACUAUAAACCUGGGAGUAUGAAAGCAAAAUUAUGCGUUGAAGGUUUAAAAUUAUCAUAUGAUUAUCUAUGUAAGAAUGACAUUCCUCACAAAAAAAUUGGGAAACUUAUAGUAGCAUUGAACCAACCACAAGUUUCUCAAUUGAAUCUAUUGUACAAAAGAGGAUUGGAAAACAAAUGCCCUGAUAUUGAACUUGUCGAUAAAACUUGCCUAUCCAAUUAUGAAGCCAAAUUAAAGGGUGAAAAAGCUAUUUGGUCACCAUGGACAGGAAUAGUUGAUUGGGCAUUGGUUUGUGAACAUUUUGCCAAAGACUUUAAAAAAAUGGGAGGAGAUAUUUUUUUUAACUUUGAAGUUUCUGGAUUUGCAGAAAAUGUAGAAUCUAAAGGCAAAAGUGAAUUGACACCUAUAUGCUUAUAUUCAAACAAUAAGUAUCUCAAUGCUAAGUAUGUUUUAACAUGUGCUGGUUUACAUUCAGACCGUUUAGCUGUUAUGACUGGCUGUGGUUUGAGUCCACGUAUUGUGCCUUUUCGUGGUGAAUAUCUUCUAAUGAAAGAUGAAAAGAAAAAUAUAGUAUCUACAAAUAUAUAUCCAGUGCCCGACCCUAGAUUUCCAUUUUUGGGAGUACAUUUUACACCAAGAGUAAACGGAGAUAUUUGGCUUGGUCCCAAUGCAGUUUUGGCCUUUGCAAGAGAAGGAUAUAGUUGGACAGAUAUUAAUGUCAGAGACUGCAUUGAAAUGAUGAAGUUUCCAGGACUUUAUAAACUUUGUUUUAGAUAUAUAAUUCCAGGUUGCAAUGAAGCGAUUAAAUCUAUUUUCCAUCAAUUAUCUGUGAAAGAAUUGACUAAAUUUAUCCCUGGAAUAAAACCAGGUGAUGUAAAAAGAGGUCCUGCUGGUGUUCGAGCCCAAGCACUUGAUAAUGAUGGCAAUCUGGUUGAUGAUUUUGUUUUUGACAAUGGUAUAGGUACAUUAGGUCAGAGGGUACUACAUUGCAGAAAUGCUCCUUCUCCAGGAGCAACGAGUAGCAUGGCUAUUGCUAAAUUUAUUUCUGAUAAAUUGGAUAAAGAUUUCAAGUUUUAAUAUUACUUUUUACAAAG